AAAAGCAUUCUUUGAAUCUUGAUUUUGGCAUUUCGAUUUGUUGAACUCUGAGACGACUAGGGUUUUGCAUUUUUGGGGAACAAGAUGAUCGAGGUGGUGCUGAACGAUCGGCUGGGGAAGAAGGUGAGAGUGAAGUGCAACGAAGACGACACCAUCGGCGACUUGAAGAAGCUCGUGGCUGCCCAGACUGGGACUAGAGCCGAGAAGAUUCGGAUUCAGAAGUGGUACAAUAUCUACAAGGAUCAUAUUACUCUCAAGGACUACGAAAUCCACGACGGCAUGGGCCUCGAACUCUACUACAAUUAGGUCACUUUCUGACCACUCGUCGUUAAUGCAUGUAUGGAAAGGCAUUUGGUGGCCUUUGCUAUCACUCUCUCGUUAGCUCAAUGUUGUCGUAUGGUGGUGUGCCCAUGUAAUUUGUAAAAUAUGAAGCAUAUAUUGAUGACUGUUUCAGAAUAAAAUUCGGCAGUUGGGACUUCAUGUAACACACAAUCAAACUGGCUUAUUCGGUAAUAUUGAUAUGUGGUAACUCUGAUUAUCUCUA